AUGUACACUGCAGGCCUACACUCGAUUUCUGCACAACCUGCCACCAACCCUUUGGCUAACAAAAAUGCACAAGUGUCUCAGUCGAAUGAUUCGGAGCAACAUGUACCAUCACAGCCUAUUGCAAUCUCCGAGUUGGUCAGUGCUGUUGAAAAAAGCAACAACAUUUCUCCAGAACCUCCCUACGCCCUAGAGGCACCAACUGUGUCUGAUGUCUUCCAAACCACGGCACUUGAUGCUACUGUUAGUGUAGCAGUUCCCAACUGUCCAGCUGAUCUCAAAAAACCUUCGACUCUGCUGAAAGGUGAAAUGCUGUUACUGGCUGUGAUCGUCUGCGCUGCCAUGCUGUGUACCACCGGCGCAACUUCGGGCAUCGCUGUUGACGACGCCUGUUCGACCAACGCGUUUUGCAACUAUGAAGGAGACUCCCCAAUGGAUCACACGAAAUGUGACAGCUCUGUGUGUGUAUGUACGAGCUUGUAUUAUGGAGAGGCUGGCGAUACGACCUGUGUUCAAGCUUCACUCGGCGGUAGUUGUGCUGGCAAAACGGACGCUGCUGCGUUUUGUGCAACAAGUGACCCUGAUGCAGAGUGUGCCAGCGACGUCUGUGCCUGCAGUGCCGGAUUCUACGAAACUGAAAGUUUACUUGAUGGAACCACGCAUUGCUCUAAAGUCGCAGUCGGAACUCCAUGCGACUCCUCGGCUGGUGGUGAUGCUUUCUGUCGAACGGGCCUUCCUGCAGAUUCUGAAUGCAUCGUCAUAACGCAGACAUGUGAAUGUCCCAGUGGAAAGACCUAUGUACCGUCCCUCGAUCUCUGCCAUACUGAAAGUUUCCAUGCCACAUGCGCAACGUGCAGACAAACUGGCGGACAUUGUUAUGACAUUGAGGAUGACGAUUCCCCCACUGGAUGUGUCUGUCCUCCAUCUAAGGAUAGCAGUGGCGUGGCCCUAACUGUAGGAUGUGACCUUGGCAUCGCUCUGAUUGGCGACUAUUGCGAUCCAACUGGAACACCUGCAGUGGAUUGUGAAUUAGAAGACUCCAGUUGUCUUCACGCAGGCGCGCUAAAUGGUCGCUUCACCUGUCAAUGUGACCCUGGGUAUCACGCCAUAAGUUUAUUUGGAGACGAACGGAAAUGCUAUCGCUCAAUUGCCAAAGAAACUGAUCGUAACUGCAUGUGGUGCCAGUCACGCGGUGGCAUAUGUUAUGAUAUUGACGAUGAUGGCGUUCGUGAUGGGUGUAUGUGCCCAGCCACUAGGAGUACCUCAGAUCCCAAUGAUCCCAGCACUGAUUGUGACGUAAACCAUGUGACCGUUUCCUGUACUGCAAGUAGAAUGGACAUAUGCUACACUCCCCACGACACUACUCGCCUCCCUGGCAUGGCAACCAAACUAACCAAUGGGGAUGCGUACGUUUACAUCGAACGCCACCUUGGAGAAGAUCCUUGUCGAUUUGAAUACGAUGGAAGUAGUGACUGGUGUGUGAGCCUCGACCUUGCUUCCGACCAGACUGAUGCUUGUGAUACCCGUGUUACCUUUCCAACGAAUCGCCACAUCAGUUACAACAACUGGAUGGUCCUCCAAACUACUGCCAUCGGAAGGAGUAUGUCGGAUGAGAGCGUCCAUCUUUACUGUCAAUACGACAUUAUCUCGCAUGUGUUCACCGAAACCGGAACGGAAGUUGUCGGGUUUGCCUCUAUGGCGUCCGAGGGAGAUGAAGUGCACCCUGUCUUAACAAUGGAUGUUCAUGAUGAAUUCGGCCGGGACGCAACGGUGCAGGGCAUCAGACAAGGCCAGCCAACAAUGCUCAUCAUAGAGAUGACUGAAGACAAGAGCGUGUACCACUCCAUCAGGCCAGAAGUUUGCAUUGCCUCAAACCGACCAGAAUUGUCCAACCCGGCUACAUCGUCCAUUCUGCUGCUUUAUGAAGGUUGCCCAGUCGUGGACUCCUACCUGAACGCGAAGAACACGUUCUAUCCCGAUCCAGCUGAUGCAGAGGUAUCUAGAACUGGUUACUUCCCAAUGCUUCAAUUCGAGGAUACGCAAUUUGUGUUCUUUCACUGUGCCGUCGAGGUUUGCAGGAAUGACGAAGAUUGUGACCCGGUUGACUGUUCCGGUGGUGUUGAGAGAAGGAAAAGAGCCAUUGCAUCAUUGGAAGGCGACACUAUCCUGCAGCGUGAAGUCCGGGAACUGCAAUCUGGGUCGACUAGAUUGGAAGCUCUUUACACUGGACCUGUACAGAUUAUUGCAGAUUCGAACUCCAGAGGAAGUCUUUCCGUGAGAACUGAUAAAUCUGACUCUGCCCUUCCUCGCAAAUAUCUUCUUCUGAUCAGCAUUGGCGGAGGAGCCAUGAUUCUCGUGAUAGCUGUUGCCGCUGCAAUUUUAGUCACGAUGCGAUCACGCAGGCGGAGAGCCCCAAGGAAUGCAGUAUCAGUCCAGUGCCAGGAAACCAUGUAAAGUUCGUUCUUGCUCUUGACAUUUCUAGUUCAAAGUCGACGCCUACCGCAUUGCAAUAUGACUGCGUAGAAUGCCCCAUCCUUUGAAAAAAAUCGUGUCGUCAAUUUUUUUUGGUCUGGGCUUAUGCAAGGCAAGAAAAUUCAGAUAUCUCUAAUCUAAGAUCGAGGACGAUGUUUACUUAAAGAUUUAUAAUUUUGUUAAAAGGUUGUUUGCUCGGAUUCACCAUGUUAUAAAACUACCCAUCUAACAUGUUUUUAAUGACGUUGACAGUUAAGUUUACACUUGUGUACCGUUGAUAUGUGUAAUUACAUGUUAAAAGUUGUGUUUAGUUUAGUUCUGUUAAUGGUUCUGUGACUUGUCAAUUGGGCCAAAAAACCAAUUGAUCCCGCCACAGUUCAGAUUCGCAUUUAGUUCUGUUAAUUUGUAAUGUGUUGUAUGUGUGUUAUACCGAUUUCAUGUAUUUUUAACGGUUUUUGAACACUUCUGAUUAUUCCGGUGUUUUACGACACUUAAUCUUUGCUGGUUAAAUAAAAGCUACGAAACCGA